GACACGUCACUACAAACCUGACAACAGACGAAGAGCAAAAUCCACGGAUUUUAUGAGAUUACUGACCAAAGGAAAUCAUAAAGUGAAUAUCUGACGAUGACGACCAUUCAACUGAAAACUAACUUCAUCGCGGUAUAAGACAUGUUGACCUUCAGGAUAUGGAGUCACAAUUUGGUUCAUCCUGCAUCUCUAUGUGAGGAUGUUUUCUGUUCCAGACAAGUUUCAUCCUCAUCCUGCCUUCGACAAUGAUAUCUUGGGCAGCAACAUUUGUGCUGCUGAAGAUUCUGAUGAGAGACUUCAGAGUUGAUUCCAUCACAUGUCAUCUAACUGAAUACAAGAUAGGAGAAGAGUGCUGUGAUCAAUGUCCUUCUGGCCAUCGAGUCAGAAUAGACUGUACACAGUUUAAAAGUACAUCCUGUCAGAGAUGUUCAGAUGGGACGUAUAUGGACCUACCAAACGGACUAAAGAGAUGUAAUCCAUGUUCUACCUGUGACUCAGGAGCUGGUCUGAAGGAAAAGCGACAAUGUGGACCAUCUGUAGACACAGUUUGUGAACCAAUGGAGGGAUUCUACUGUACAGACUUUAAAUCAAGAGGUUGUGUUGUAGCACAGAAACACAGGAGCUGUGAACCAGGACAUUACAUCAGCAGGAAUGGAACAGCCUACACAGACACAGAAUGCUCUGAAUGCAGCAGAGGAUCAUUUUCUGAUGGAACAAUGUUUUCAUGUCAGCCUCACACACAAUGUGAAAAAGAAAACCUUCAACUGAUAAAAGCAGGAACAACUUCAACUGAUGCUGAAUGUGGAGAAAAAAGUUCCAACAUCACAGGAAUUGUGAUCGGUGUUGUGAUGGUGCUUUUAUUAGUUGCAGCAAUAAUUGGUGUUUUUCUCUGGAAAACUAAAAAGAUUGCAAUUCGAAAUAUUUGUAUAAAACGACAAAACACCCAAAGGGACCAAGAAGAAGGAAAAGAACAGGGAGUCUGUUUAAAUGUACAAGAGCAACAAACACACACUGAUGGUGGCAAGCUACUAGCUAGUAGCCACCGCCUCCCUGGGACAGUCUAACAGAAGUGAUGCUACCAAACAUGGACACCACCAGGUCCUCUGAUCAGCACCAGCAGGAAAGACAGGUGAACUGUCUUGUCCAAUGUCAUAACAACAGAGAUGGGUGAAGCGGGGAUUAAAUGAGUAGUGACCAGCACCAAUAGGGAAGACAGGUGGACUGUCUUGCAGAAGGACACAAUUAAACCUACUGAUUGCAGGGCGAAGUUCUACCACCAUCGCCAGUAAAUGAAUUACUUCAUGUGAAACCAACCUGAAACAUUUGUACAGUUUUAUAAAGAAACCUGAUGAUCCUGGUCUCAUCAGUGAGAUCCACCAGCUUUUUUUUUGUUGUUUUUUUCCCCCACCAGGGGGUCCUUUUUGUGGGCUCUAGUGUCCCUUAUUCAACAGUAGGCUGACAGGAAAGGGGGAAGAAGAGGGGGGAAGACAUGCGGCAAAUAUCGUCAGGAUAUCGUCCGGGAAUCGAACCGGCGACGGCCGCGUCGAGGACUGAGGGCCUCCAAACGUGGGGCGCGCUAUCCUCUACGCCACCGGAGCACACCCCAAGAUCCACCAUCUUUAAGAUCAUUUUAUUCAUAUUCAUAUUCUGCUUCACAGGAACCUGACAUAAAAUGUUAAUAUUGCUAAUAUGUUUCAGAGUUUAUGAAAACCUAAAAACACCUGAACAAAUAGUAUUACAAUUUUUAUUGUUUUUCUUUUGCAGAUAGAAAUGCUCAAGUGAAUAACUGUACAUAAUAAAUUUCAUCUUUUAAAA